UCCAAUCAAGCAGGAGAGACCAGCCUCCCCUGUUCCCAGCUGUGUGUCCAUGAAGAGUGACCGGUCUAUGGAACCUCCUAUAAUGUUUAGAGAGGAAGACUUUUCUACUGAACAAAAGUUGCUUGAAGAGAAGAUUAUGACAUUUGUGAAGAACGAGCUGAAGCUGUUCAAGAGGAUUCUUAGUCCAGAACUCCCAGAAGACUUUGAGAGAGAGCAGUGCCAGAGAGGGGCUCUGAAGAUCACACUGCACAUCCUGAGGAAAAUGAACCAGAAGGAGCUUGCUGACACACUGGAGAAAUAUGAGCUCGCUGUGAUUUGCCAACGUGAACUCAAAUCUCAUCUAAAGAAGAAGUUUCAAUGUGUAUUUGAGGGGAUCGCUAAACAAGGAAACCCAACACUUCUCAAUAAGAUCUACACAGAGCUCUACAUCACAGAGGGUGGAACAGGAGAGGUCAAUAAUGAACAUGAGCUGAGACAGAUUGAGACAACAACCAGGAAACAAGCAAGACCAGAGACUGCAAUCAAAUGUAACGACAUCUUCACACCCUUAACUGGACAAGGCAAACCUAUCAGAACUGUGCUGACAAAGGGAGUCGCUGGCAUUGAAAAACAGUCUCUGUGCAGAAGUUCAUUCUGGACUGGGCUGAAGGAAAAGCAAAUCAGGAUGUCCAAUUUGUAUUUUCAUUCCCUUUUCGGGAGCUGAA